GUGAAUAGCAGAUCUACGCUAAAGUCUCUCAUACGUCUAUGUGUGUUUACGCAUGAAGCGCAAAUCGCCAACAUGGGGAAAUUCGGGCUGCAGUUUAAAGCCACGCUGGAGAACAUUACAGGUGUGAGGCCCGACGGAGACGACUUUCGCUGGUACUUAAAGCUGAAGUGCGGGAACUGCGGCGAAGUCUCAGACAAAUGGCAGUAUAUCACGUCACUGGACAGUAUGCCGCUGAAAGGAGGGAGAGGCAGCGCCAGCAUGGUUCAGAAGUGUAAGCUGUGUUCCCGGGAAAACUCCAUAGAUAUCCUGAAGGACACCAUUACGCCAUAUAAUGCAGAGGACAGUGAGAGGUUUAAGACGAUGGUGCAGUUUGAGUGUCGGGGUUUGGAGCCGGUGGACUUCCAACCGCAGGCUGGCUUUGCUGCCAAGGGGGCUGAGACCACCACCCAAUUCCUUGAAAUCAACCUUCAGGAGAAAGACUGGACAGACUACGAUGAAAAGGCCAGUGAGUCUGUGGGGAUCUACGAGGUCACACACCAGUUCAUCAAGUGUUGAGGGAUUUUGUGACAGGGCACAAAGUAGACUGCUUGAGGUCCACCUGGAAGAAAAGAACCAUAUAUGAAGACAAUGUAUAAAUAAUUGCUUAUAUUAUUCUUGGUCAGUUGAAAGUGGUUGUGUUGGACAAUAAGGACAAGAACACUCACCAUGUGAAAGAUGGACAGCUCCUUUGGAAAUGCUGGUUUGCAGUGACAAUAAAGAUUGAGUUCAGUGUCCAAUUUA